CCCACUCCCCCAGCUCCCAGCAGCAGCCCAGCAGAAGCUCCUGAGGCUCGUCUCUGCUCUGGUUCACCUCGGAGGACUUGGAACUGUACAGGACUCUCUCAGAACAGAGGAUUCUUUCUUUCGAGCUCUUUUCCGCCGCAGCAUGGAGACCACCACUGGGGAAUAUGUUAACUAUGAGUAUUAUGAUGACAAUGAGACUGACUGUGACUUCUCAGAGUGGGAGCCCUCUUACUCCCUCAUCCCGGUCCUCUACAUGCUCAUCUUCAUCCUGGGCCUGUCGGGUAACGGCGUGGUCAUCUUCACCGUCUGGAGAUCCAAAUCGAAGCGCCGGGCUGCAGAUGUCUACAUUGGAAACCUGGCUCUCGCUGACCUCACCUUUGUUGUGACCCUACCUCUGUGGGCCGUGUACACAGCGCUGGGCUACCACUGGCCCUUCGGUGUGGCUCUGUGUAAGAUCAGCAGCUACGUUGUUCUGGUCAACAUGUAUGCCAGCGUUUUCUGCCUCACCUGCCUGAGCUUUGACCGCUACCUGGCCAUCGUGCACUCUCUGUCCAGCAGCAGGCUGCGCUCUCGGGGCACCAUGCUGGCGUCCUUGGGUGCUAUUUGGUUCCUGUCCGGCCUGCUGGCUGUGCCCACGCUGCUCUUCCGCACCACCGUGAACGACCAAAACAGCAACAGGACCACCUGCGCCAUGGACUUCAGCCUGGUGACGGGGAACCAGAGGCACGAGUACCUCUGGAUCGCCGGGCUCAGCCUGUCCUCCUCCGCCUUGGGUUUCCUCCUACCUUUCUUGGCCAUGACCAUCUUCUACUGCUUCAUUGGCUGCACCGUCACGCGCCACUUCAACAACCUGCGCAAGGAGGACCAGAAGAAGAAGCGGCUGCUGAAGAUCAUCACCACACUGGUGGUGGUCUUUGCCAUCUGCUGGACUCCCUUCCACGUCCUAAAGAGCAUGGACGCCCUGUCCUACCUGAACCUGGCUCCGAGCUCCUGCGGCUUAGUGCGCUUCGUGCUGCUUGCUCACCCCUACGCCACCUGCCUGGCCUACGUCAACAGCUGCCUCAACCCAUUCCUGUACGCCUUCUUCGACCUGCGCUUUCGUUCCCAGUGUCUGUGCCUGCUCAACCUGAAGAAGGCUAUGCAUGGCCAGAUGAGCUCCAUGUCGUCCACGCUCAGCGCCCAGACUCAGAAGUCAGAGGUUCAGUCUCUGGCCACCAAGGUGUAGAGAGUCAAAGGAAAGGUGGAGCGGGGCUGGUCCCAGCUCCGACCUCUGGAACACUUGUAAAAAAUCAGACUUUACGUGUCCAUUGUGCAAAGCUGGUAAGAUGAGAUGAUGAACUUUGAAUUGUCACUGCUCACAGUCAUGAAAUCCAUACGAAGUUCCUCCUCUUCUGCAGCCGGAGAGGCGGACGCUCUGUCUGUUGUGUGGACUCGAGGCAGGAGCCAGCCGGCUGAGCUCCUUCGCUACUCCGUUCCUCAAAGUCUCAGAGAAAAAAAAGUAUAUUUUUAGUUUUGUCCUGUUCUGCAAAAAGUCUCAUUUGUCAUUUCUGUGAUGUUGGGAAUUGUAAAUCAAUUGACAUGAAAUCUGUUUACACUGGAUGAAACAUAAAGAAGCUGUACAGUAUUUUCAUACCAUAGCAUUUUUUUUUCUUGUUCAGAUCUAUUGCUGUUUUGUUUUAGAAGCACUUGUUAAAGAAACGCGUGUGCAGGGAAACCAAACAGAGCAGUGUCCUCUUUAAAGCUUGUUUGUGAAGGUAGAAGUCUGGGCUGCAGGAGAGGGGGGGGUGUAAGAGGAGAAAAGGUGUUGCAGCUUAAUUAUAUAGUUUGUGGAGAGGAGACGGGGGCAGACAGGCAGAUGGCA